AUGACCGACGCAAUAUUUGACGUGAAGCAGGCGACUGCCAUCGUACCCAUGUACGAUGGCUCUGCAGACUCAUUAUCAUCGUUUACAGACGCCGUAAGUUUACUGGCUGAAUUGACACCAGCAAACCAACUAGCAACGGCAUUAAAAUUCGUUAAAACUAGACUAACCGGUAAAGCGCGGCUAGGACUAGGAAACUGCGAUACGCUACAAGCGUUAGCAGACGACGUCGAAAGACGCUGUAAAGUACGUCCGGUAGGAAACGAUAAGUUACGAACUCUUCUUUACAUUCAUCAUUCAAUUAACAACAACGGAUUUGUGUUGCGAAUAAGAUUCACUCAUGUGUGCUUCAGUCAGAAUAAUGAAAAACUAAUCACAGUCGAUCACAGAGGAAAUAUUUUCGUGUUUGAUUUAGCGAAUGAGUUCCAUUGGCAUCUUAAAACACGCGUCGAGGAUAUUACAACAAUUGAAUGCAUUCCAGAAAAUGAUCGUCUUGCAUUGGGCAAUAAACAUGGAUUCUUAUAUGUUGUUGAUUAUGAUUCUGAUGACGAGAUAGUUCGUGUAAAAGCUCAUCAAACCCGAAUCGCAUCUAUAAAGUUCCCGCCUUGGUACGAGAAAACUCCCCUUCUGCGUCAAUCAAACCAGAAAAUAAUUUCGCAGAAAACGAAAACUGUUUCGAAAUCAGCAAAACCUGAUAAUGCAAAUGUCCAACUAUGCGCUUAUUCAACCAAAAGUUCGCUUUUCCUAGUAAUUACAGUGGAUUGUGCCAUGCUGUACGAUAAACACAAUUUUGUCGAACUGCACAGAUUACAUUACGGAAUACCUAGCCAAACGAAGCGCCUAUAUGAGUUGCAUUGGGUACCGAGGAAGAACAUGCUAAUGUCUUGUGGAAUUGAUGGCACGAUUCAACUCUGGACAUACGAUUUCCAACUAAUUAAAGAGCUGAACGUGAAGAAGUUGAAAGCAAACUACUUGAGGCAGUGUAGAGCAGAGUUUAUCGGGUGCCAACCAACGGAGUACAAUCUGUGUAAAGGAGACCGCUCUCAUGGGGAAAUUGAGCGACUAAUUCAAAGCAUGAUUACCGAUGAAAAUUCAAAUGGAUAUGUAAAAUCGGUUCAAUUCAUCCGAAGCGGGAAGUUUUUGAUCCUUAAUUGCUUGGACAAUUGUAUAAUUAUACUCUGUUGCACAUCCUGGCAAAUAUGUAAAGCACUGACCCUGUCUGAUUUGCACUUUGGCCAUUUCGAAAUAUUGCAAACAAAUCAACAUUUUCGCCACCGAGAUAAUCUUACUAUUUUAGUGCAAACAAUAGAAAAUGAUUUGUUGCUAUUGAACUUAGAGGAUGGACACAAAGCCAAGAUAGAUUCCAGAUUGGAAUCUAAAUGUUACAAAUUCCGUCUAUCUUGCAAUGAUAAAAUGCUGGCGAGCGUGUUGAAAACAGGUGAAGUUUUGCUACAUAAUUUGGAAUUUCUAUCGCGUACGUUUUAUGCAAAUAAAUUCAAUCAUUCGGCUCCAAGGGACAGCUCAACUACUAGUAAAACACAUUCCCGGAUAGCACAUGCGAGCAUUCCAGCUAGUCAACGUCAGAAUGCGAGAGAUUGUAUGACGAAUAGUAAUUUGGCAACCUCUCCACCGAGCUCGUUGUAUUCCACACCGGCAACGAUAGCAUCUUUCGCAUCAAUGAAUUCUGCUCAGAGCGUGCCUGUUUUCCGGAAAGAGAGUAAACUGAAAUUAGACAAACGGUUGGAGGAAAUUCGCGAUAAGAUGUCUAAAACGCUGGACAGAAACAGACUACUUCCCAUACUCAUCGAGUUUGGUGAAUAUCCCGAAAAGCAUCGGACUAUUAUUUGGCGCACAUUGUUGGAAUUACCACAAAACUCUGACGGCUUUAAUGUUUUACUGAUGAAGGGACAUCAUCCUUGUGUGUGUGACUAUGAUACUAAUUUUUCCGACAUCGAGCCCCGGAUUGUGCGGAAUGUUAAAAAAAUUGUGUCCUGCCUAGCACACUGGUCACCGGUUUUUGCACAUUGUGAUUUUUUGCCGUUUUUCGUGCAUCCGUUUGUAAAGAUUUAUCACAACGAUUCGCUAACUUGUUUCGAAGCCGUUGCUACAAUUUUGCUCAACCACUGUCAGCUGUGGUUCGAAUUCGCUCCGUUGGAACCAUUCAAUUAUUUGGGUAUGAUAGAGAAUAUCCUGUGUGAGUACGAACCAAACUUGAUGAUUUUCUACCGCGAGCACAAUAUAUCUUCCCGAAUCUAUGCGAUGACAAUGAUGGAAAUGGCUUUUGCGCAAAAUUUCAAUGCCAAUCAAUGGCGUCGGCUCUGGGAUCAUGUGCUCUCGAACGAAUCUUAUUUUGUGGUCUUUUUUAUCGUUGCGUAUAACGCGGCUCAUAAAUCAAGCAUCAUGAAGUGCACCUCGGAACAUGAAAUCAGAGCAUUAUUCCACGAACCAGCCAUGGUAGAUAUCAAAAACAUACUAAAAAGAACUUACAAUACAAUGGAGAAAUGCACAGAUAACAUCCACCCGCGGUGUUAUAUGAAAUCGUUUCGUUCCCUCAACGGGAUUGCAGGCUCUGAUAUGAAAACUAAUGAUUUGUAUCGUCAAAAGUAUAGUUUGAGUAGUAGCGAAUCUAUAUACAAUAGCACAUAUAGUAAAUUUAAUCAUUUUCCAAAAAAAUUAGUCGAUAUCAGGACAAAUCAAUUAAAUUGUUUGAAAAAGGAGCAAGAUCAACUCGAGUCGAGGAUUUUGGAAAUGGAAAAGCUGGAGCGUUCUCUGCAAAAUAAAGUAAUGAAUGUGUUGGUACAGGAUGAACAUGAUAUGCGAAUGAAAGAAGUGGAACGGAAGUUCGAGGACACACUGGCAACCGAAACGAGAAGAAUUGAUAUGCAGCGGAAGCUAUUGUUGUUACACAAGAAAAAAAUUCGGAAACUAGAAAACGAGGCUCUUUUGGAGAGCAAGAACGUUCAAUUGAAGCAUAAUGUCGCAACUCGGGAAGCAGAACUUGAUAAACUAUUGAAAACAUUGCAACGUGAGAGGCAGCAAGAGGAAAUCGACAUGUUGAUUGCCGAAGAGAACAUCAAACUGAAGCAAAUAGCACUGCAGUCAUGCCACUGGGAUUCAAAUUUCCAACAAGUAAACGAUUGUUCUUUGGAGCAGCGUUAUUUUCAGGCUAUUCAACAGUUGGAACGUCAGAAACAGAAACUAUAUCAGGAUAUUGAAAAGGUUUCUGAUUAUACCUCAUGCAGUCUGUUAUGUGAGAAUCGCAUCACAAAUCCCAAGCAAGCUGUCGGAACUAGUAACAUAGGUUACAUAAGAGAAAUUGGAUUAGAGGAUUACUCGAAAAGGAUGAAGCAGAUUUCGGCUCAACUGGAUCAAUUGGCUGGAGUACAACAGAACGACAUUAACUUAUAAUAUUAACUUUACG